CUUACUGACCUUUCUUCACUUCACUAUAUAGUCAUUCUUUUAUAUAUAAGUACUACUAGCCCCUCUAAUACCAUAUUUCAAUAUGCAAAUGAUAAGUUUGUAUUUACUACCCAAAGUAUAGAAAGUUUGGUGAAAGUGAAGUGAGAGAGACAGAGAGACUGGGAGAGAGAGAGAGAGAAGAAGAAGAAGAAGAAGAAGAAGAAGAAGACCCUAUUUGUGAGCUAUAUAGAGAUAGAGCUGCUGCUUUCAUUAUCCCCAUCUCUUCCUGGCUAGUUUUCUUGUCAUAUAUUACUCAAUCAUUUCCAAAACUAUGUAGUUGGUUUUUCAUGAAGGAGAUUCCAAAAACAAAUACAGAGCUACAACAACAACAACAACAGCAGAAGAAGCAGAUUUGAUCAGCUAGCUGCUCACGGGUUUCAUCAUAUCAUCUCCUAACAGAGAUAUUAAUGAUGUUUUCCAGAUACUACUACUUCUGCUGCUGCUACAUAUAGUCCAAAAAAGCCAACCUUUCAUUACAGGUUUCAAGCCAAAUCCAAAUCCAAUAUGUCUCAAGAAUUUCACCAACCAGCUGGAGUGUACAAUUUCUCAAUCAAUGGAUAUGAUGAAAGAUCUCAAAACAUGAAACAACAAGCUUCCGGGGAUUGGAUCAGCCCAGCGGGUAGAGGAUUUGGGCUGCAGGAUGAGCAAGUCCAAGUUGAGGUUUCAGCUGGAGGACAAGUAAUAUAUGAUACCGGCGGCGCCGGAGGGGGAGGGAUUUUGACUGAGAUGAUGAUGAUGGAUGGUUUCUCCCGGCAGGCCGGAGGAAGAAAGCCGCCGGAAACCAAUCGUCAUCACCUCAUAUUAGAUGGUCAGAUCCAUCAUCAGUCCAGUUAUAAUAAUAACAGAUGGUCACAGAAACAGCCUCUGGCAUUGACAGUAAACGAAGCUGUGGUAAGUUUUUUAAACCCAAAAACCAAAAAUAGUAGUAGUAUUAAUUACGAUUUUUAUUUUUAUUUCUCUUUUGGAUACUGUUACAGAACUUUAUUUUAUUUUAUUUUUUUCUGUUCACUAAUUUUCAUGCAGCUUCCAUUAAUGAACCCUCAUAAUAUUAAAGUUGUAUCAUCGUCGUCUUCUUCAAGCUAUCAUCAAGUUGACCACAACAAUAAUAAUAAUAAUAAUCCUUCCCAACCUUCUUGGAUUAUUAAUCAUCAUCAAGGUAACGAAGUAGUUGUUGUUGAUGACCCUUUAAAAAUUGGUCGGACAAUUGAUCAUCAUCAGGGUCAAGGAUUAUCUUUGUCAUUAUCUUCUUCAUUACCAACAACCUUGGAACCCGCUAAAUUCCAAGAAUUAAGAAUAGGUGGAGGUGGAGAUGGCGGUGGGAUUCGUAAUUUCUAUGAUACUAGUAAUAAUAAUAAUGUUCAUGGGAAUUUUUACGGGUUGAAGAAUCAUCAUCAACAUCAUCAUCAGGAACCCAAUAUUCCGGAUCAUUAUCAGAUUCAUUUCGGACAUCCGGCUGCUUCUUCUUCGAGGUUGGGGAAUGUGUUGAGGAAUUCUAAGUACUUAAGGCCAGCUCAAGAGUUGCUUGAGGAGUUUUGCUGUGUGGGAAGGGGACAGUUUUUUAAGAAGGUGAAGGGAGGAGGAGGACAAAAUAGUAAUGGAAACCCUAAAUCCAUUUCUACAGGAGAUGGUGUCGGUGGCGGUGGUUCGCCGGGGGGUUCGUCGACUUCCUCCAAGGACCGUCCGGCGCCGCUUUCAGCUUCUGAAAAGCAUGACUUUCAAAGGAAGAAGGUCAAGCUUUUGUCCAUGCUUGAUGAGGUGGAUGCAAGGUACACGCACUAUUGUGAGCAAAUGCAAGCAAUAGUAAGCUCAUAUGAUUCGGUAAUCGGAUACGGGGCGGCGGCGCCGUACACAAACCUAGCUCAGAAGGCAAUGUCAAGGCAUUUCAGGAGCAUAAAAGAUGCAAUCUUGGGUCAACUCAAGGCUACAUGUGAAGCCCUUGGGGAUAAAGAAGUAGCUGGAACAGUAGGCUUAACAAAAGGAGAAACACCAAGGCUGAAAAUGCUUGAACAGAAAUUCAGGCAGCAAAAAGCAUUUCACCAGUUGGGAAUGCUUGAUCCCGAAACCUGGAGGCCACAAAGAGGGUUGCCUGAACGAUCUGUGAACAUUUUGAGGGCUUGGCUUUUUGAACAUUUUCUUCAUCCGUACCCAAGUGAUGCAGACAAACAUUUGCUAUCCAGGCAGACAGGCUUAUCGAAAAACCAGGUUUCAAAUUGGUUCAUAAAUGCAAGGGUAAGAUUAUGGAAGCCAAUGGUAGAAGACAUAUACAAAGAAGAGGUCAAAGAAAAUGAAGGUCAAGAAGAUAAACAACCAUCCAUAGUAAAUCCUAAAACCACCAUUGAUCCUCAAUUAGGGAAUAAAUCAGAUGAAGAUAAUAAUGAUGAUGAUGAUUCAGAUCAUCAUGAUGAUCAUCAUCAGGACCACCAUAGCCAAAGUGAAAGCCAAAACAUGGAGUCAGCAGCAGCACAAACUCCAAAGCAGCCAACAACAAUGUUAUCAUCAUCAUCAUCAGAAGGAGGGUUAAUAAGGAGAUCAAGAUCCGAAAUCAAUGCUGCGGAAAGAGACCCUUCAAAGAACAUCAUCAGUAAUAAUCAUGGACAAUAUUACAACACCACCUUGGGAAACUCUCAAGCCAUUCUUCAAGGUACCACAGCCACCACCACAGUUUCUUCUUCUUCUCCUUCUUCUUCUUCUGCUCAUUUUCAUCAUCAAAAUAAUCAUCUUCUUGAUCACCAUCAAACAAUGCUGCAAAUGUAUGGUUGUUUUAUGGGGAAUAUUCAUCCUCAUGAGGCUGCAGUAAGCAUGUUGAAUGGCGGUGGUGGUGGUGGUGAUCAUAGAGGAAAUCUGUCUGAAUUUGGAGCUCAGGCUGGGGAUAUUUCCUUAACCUUAGGGCUUCGCCAUUCCACCAAUGUACCGAGAAAGAGUACCACUCAUGAGUUCUCAAUUAGAGAUUUUGGUGCAUUUUGAUUUUAGUGCACAAAUAUUAUAUAGACUUAGUUUAUUAUUAUAAGAUUUUAAAGAAGAAAAAAAGAAAAAUGAGAGAGUGUAAGCAUGAAUGCAUGAACCCUAUAAAUUUUGUGUGAUUGCUUGAUUACAUUUGGUUCCAAAAAUUGAAAUUGUACGUAUAUAAUUAAGAGUGGUAUAGUAUUAAUUUUUUCCUAUUGUUCGUUUUGUUU